AUGAUCCAGCAGCUCAUCGAGCGACUGUUGGCGGAGGCGAACGGCGAGGCCACCAAGGAGUCGUACUGCAAGAAAGAGCUGGCGAACGCCGAGAAGGAACGCGACUACCGCUACGCUGACGCCAUGAAGCUCAACGUGAUGAUUGCAGAACUGGAAGCCAAGAAGGAGCAGUUGACGAACGAGAAUCUGGUUCUGGCGGACGAGAUCGAGAAGUUGCGCACGAGCCUCAACGAGUCCACGGACUUGAGCUUCGCGAGGAAGAGCACGCGACGAACAUGGAUGCGAUCGCAAAGGCCAAUGAGGGUCUGGAGGCCAUCACGGAGGCGAUCGUCAUCCUGA